AUGAUGCUGGAUGCCACCAUGGAACCGCUUUUCCUCUGCUUUGAUGCAAAGAACUUCAGUCAUCCUUACAAACUGAUGACUACAGGUAGAAACUGGUCUGAGGCUCAAAGCUACUGCAGAGAACAAUACACAGACAUGGUGACUGUGAGGAACGAGACUGAAAAUGAGAAGAUAAGGAACAUGAUAACAGAGUCUGGAAUGGAUGGAAAUGCCUGGAUAGGAUUGUACAGAGACAACUGGGCAUGGUCAGAUGGGAGUAAGUCCUCAUUCAGAUACUGGAACAAAAAUCAGACAGACAAUCAGGGAGGAAUAGAGAACUGUGCUGAAAUAACUCCACACACGAGAGACUGGAACGAUCAGAGCUGUUCAGUUCAACAGCCGUUCAUCUGUUAUCAAGAUAAGCUUGUUCUGAUCCGUGAAAAUAAGACCUGGUCAGAAGCUUUGAGUCACUGCAGAAACAACCACGUGGACCUCGUCUCUGUCCAUGAUGAGAACAUGAUACGUUGGGUGAAGGAAAGGGCCAAGAAUGCCACCACUGACUACGUGUGGCUGGGUCUACGCUUCUCUUGCACCCUGGGCUUCUGGUUCUGGGUGGAUGGAGAGUCUGUCUGCUACCAGAACUUGGUUCCAGGUAAUUGGACGAAGGUUGAGGUCUGUCAGGACGAAGUAUUAACAGGAGCAAUCAAGUCAAGAGUGGAGAAGCAGGAGUGGGUCAGUCUGCCAGAGACUCGUAAACUUAAUUUCAUCUGCAGUGCUUAUGAGGGAGAAAGCUCACAGGCAUUGCGUUCCUCCUGCACUGUGACGUUCUGGUUCCAGGUGAGUGGAGAACCUGUUGCCUACAACAACUGGACUCCAGGGAACGGGACAAAGAUGGACAAGUGUGAGACUGGAGGAAGAACAGGAGUAACACAUCCAAAAGGGGAGGAGCAGAAGUGGGUCAGUCUGCCAGAGAGUCACAAACUUAUCUUCAUCUGCAGUACGGAUUAG